GUACUCUUUUAGUGUGGUCACUGUUGUUCAAGGGGGAACAAAUGUUGGAGGCGUCUUCGAUCGAGGACUUUGUGAAUACCUAAUUAAAUGUAGCCUAUUCUACUUGUGUUGUUGAAGCACCACUUGCCAAUAGCGACUGUCAUCCUGACACUCUCUGCAGAAUAUCGAAUCGUGCUUGUUAAAAUCGGUACUUCACACGGGUGAUAUUUCAUGCAAUAUAUACAUGUGCGUACGUUCGCGUACUUCACUGGUGAUGGAACUUCAGCGGCUUCAGUAGUUAUUGGACUUUUACUGUUUAGUGUGCGUAUAAAUGCCUACAUCGGGGCAAGUUGGUUUAGGGCUGCGAUCUGAGGUAAAGCCUGCCUCAAAUGUAGCUAGGACUAAACGUAAUCUGACUGAGUUUGCUGAAGUGUUCAGCCUGUACGACCACGAACGGAACGGCUCGGUAGCCGUACGUCACCUGGGAGAGAUUCUGAGAUCGGCAGGUCUACGGCCCUCAGACGAAGAUCUUGAACUUGUGCAGAAUGACCUUCAAAAAGCAGGCAAAAAUAAAAUCGACUUCCCUGAGUUUCUGAAGCUGGUUGAAACCCGCCUCCAAGACAAGCACACCGAGGAGGACCUGAGGGAGUGCUUCUCUAUCUUCGACAAGGACAUGGACGGGAAAGUGAGCGCGGGGGAAGUCAGACACGCCCUCCUCACGCUUGGGGAGAAGAUGACCGAACAUGACGUAGACAUGCUCAUUAAUGAGAUGGAUCUGGAUGGCGAAGGCCAGUUUGAAUAUGAAGAUGUGGUGAAGCUUUUGACAAUGCAUACGUAGAAUUCGAUCGAAGAAUGACAGGAUCAAUAUGUGUCCAGGACUCCUGAGACUGUGGGACAUUGAAAUAUAGCAUAUGUAAUGUUCAAAACUUUGUGGAUUGCCAGUCGGCUGUCUGCAGCUGCAUAUAAUAGGCCUAUAGGCCUACAGCAUAACUCACUGAUGCAUUGGAUUCCUAAUGGAGGAAAUACACAGGCUGUUUCAUACCGUAUAAGGUUUGGAACCUUGACAGUGAGUGGAUUAUGCAGUGCAGUGAUGUGAUGUGACUCCAUAUGGAUAGCCCCACGAGAUGUGUACGAUACACAGUAGGCCUUUGCAGGUUGUCAGCGCAAUGUCCCAUGUAGGCCUACUGUUUCAACAGGAAUUUUAUGAUUAAAUCUUUUUGAAAUGAAUUUUCCAUGGCCUUUAAGAUGCCUUGAAGUUCCCCUUUAAGUUGCUUUUUUGCUGAAAGUCAGGUAUAUAGGCCUGGAAAAGAUAUGUUGGCUCACAAAAUAAACUUCAAAUAUUCUGGAUGGUAUCGAAUUUCGCGCUAAAUUAAGAAGGCGUUCUCAAUGGAUGUAUUGUCAAACGGAACUAUAAGAGUAUAGGCCUACUCUAAUCAACACUAACUUUUGGGAGAGUUCCUCAUUGAAGUCUUGAGAGAGUUAAUCUAAUCAUUCAGAAAUGAUAUCAUUUACCGAUCAUUUGACGUUUUUAGCGUUACAAAAUCAGGAUAAAGUGACUAAAAUUACAAGUUUUAAAAGAAUGAAUAAACAUAAAAUAAAUAAAA